CGAUUUCAUCAAAGAGUGAAAGCCGCGAAUAGCCUCACAUGCUUUAUUACGUGCUACGUGCUAUGUAGUUGACCUUUCAAAGUGGACAAGGCUGACAGCGUAAACCGUAUGUAUGGAUGGUAGACUUGACUUAAGGCUGGCAUCUGUUCUCAUGCGAUCAUGUCUCCGGCAAGGUCUUCUUCGCAGGUCUUAUAGUAGCAUCUGUAUCAACACCUGCUUACGUUCAGCAUGGCCUUCUCAUUCUUCCAAGCUUCCAUUUCUACGGCAUGCCAGACGAACAACAGAACUCUCUGCGCCAUCACCUAUCGUUAUAAGACGAUAUAGCACCGCAAAGGCCGGAGCAGUCAGUGAUCUCGAACGUCGAAUUGCAGCCAUACCCAUUGACCGAUUUCGCAACUUCUGUAUCGUGGCACACAUUGAUCAUGGAAAGUCCACCUUGUCCGAUCGUCUACUGGAGCUGACCGGUACCAUAUCAGCAGCCAACUCGAACCGCCAGAUCCUCGAUACCCUUGAGGUCGAGCGUGAGCGUGGCAUAACCGUCAAGGCUCAGACCUGCACCAUGAUCUAUAACCAUAACGGUCUAGAUUAUUUACUCCAUCUUGUCGAUACCCCCGGCCACGUUGACUUCCGCGCCGAAGUCACGAGAUCCUACGCCAGCUGUGGAGGGGCCCUACUCCUGGUAGAUGCAAGCCAGGGAAUUCAGGCCCAGACUGUCGCCAACUUUUAUCUCGCCUUUGCCGAAGGACUCGUGAUAUUGCCGGUUAUCAACAAGAUAGACAUGGUCGCAGCCGACGUGCCGAGAGUGCUCGAGCAGCUCGAGACUACUUUCGAGCUCGAUGUCAGCAACGCUAUAGGAGUAAGCGCCAAGACCGGCCUCAACGUCGAACAAAUAUUGCCGGCUGUCGUGGAGAACAUACCAAGACCUACGGGCGACGAAACGAAGCCUUUGAGAAUGCUUCUAGUUGAUUCGUGGUACGACAGCUUUCGGGGUGUCAUCUGCCUUGUCCGGCUCUUCGAUGGCACAGUGAGGCAUGGCGAUAGCCUCGUUAGUUUGGUAACUGGUAAUAAAUAUACCGUUGGCGAAGUGGGCAUACGAUAUCCUACACAGGUUCCCCAGUCUGUCCUACGUGCUGGUCAGGUCGGAUACAUCUUCUUUAAUCCCGGCAUGAAGAACAUACAGGAUGCCAAGAUCGGCGACACCUUCACCACCGUAGGUUCUGAAGAUAUCGUCGAGCCCUAUCCCGGUUUCGUGGAGCCCAAGCCCAUGGUAUUCGUUGCCGCUUUCCCCACAGAUCCCUCCGACUACAGUCGUUUAGCAGAUAGCAUUGGCCAGCUCGUCCUCAAUGAUCGCAGUGUUACCCUUUUCAAAGACCAUUCCGAGGCUCUCGGAGCCGGCUGGCGAUUGGGUUUCCUCGGUAGUCUCCACUGCUCUGUUUUCCAAGACCGCCUCCGGCAGGAACACGGAGCGAGCAUCAUCAUCACUGAGCCUGCCGUCCAGACCAAGGUUCAAUGGCGCGAUGGUACCGAGUCUAUCCUCCAAAGCCCGUCAGACUUCCCAGAUGUCGAGGAUAGCCGUUCCCGCGGGGCUACCUAUUUCGAACCAUACGUUCUCGCGACGAUGACGGUCCCAGAAGAGUACAUAGGCCGUGCUAUCGAGCUAUGCGAGUCCAACCGUGGCGAGCAGGAGAGUAUCGAGUUUUUCCACGGUAUGCAGGUCAUUCUCAAGUAUCGCAUUCCUACUGCGCAACUUGUCGACGACCUUUUUGGCAAACUCAAGGGUGCGACUAAGGGGUAUGCCACGCUAGACUACGAAGACGCGGGCUGGCGCGAGAGCAAACUAGUCAAACUACAACUACUUGUCAACAAGGAGCCUGUGGAUGCCAUCGCACGCGUAGUGCACCUGUCACAGGCAGACCGGCUAGGCCGAGCAUGGGUCACCAAGUUCAAGGAGCAUGUUCAGCGGCAGAUGUUUGAGGUGGUGAUUCAGGCUGCCAUCGGUAAGAAGAUCAUCGCCCGCGAGACUCUUAAGCCUUUCCGCAAAGACGUUCUCGCCAAGUUGCACGCGAGUGAUAUUACACGCCGCAAAAAGCUUCUCGAGAAGCAAAAGGAGGGACGCAAGAGGCUUAGGUCAGUUGGAAAUGUCGUGAUCGAACAAGAAGCUUUCCAGAAGUUCUUGUCCAAGUAGCCAUGCUACAUGCGAUGCUUGUUGUUUAUAUCAUGUACAUGUAUUAUAUUAUAUAUAAAUGUCAUUUCCAUCCUACCCUA